AUGAACCCCAACCCCACCGCAAAAGCAGGGUCACGACAUGAUCUUGACGACCUGUCGCUGGGCCGAUACCUCGCCGAGUCGAAAUCGAUACCGGGCUUGAAGGUACCCGUUGUGACGACCAAGAUAGGUUAUGGACAGAGCAAUCCGACUUAUUUUGUCGAUGAUGCCGGAGGCACACGCUACAUUCUUCGCAAGAAGCCCGCCGGUACGAUCAUCAGUCCUGUGGCCCACCAGGUGGAUCGCGAGUACCUCGUGCUCAAAGCCCUGGGCACUGUCGACGGCUUUCCCGUGCCGAGGGUAUAUACGCUAUGCAUGAACUCGAAUGUCAUAGGGACACCAUUCUAUGUAAUGGAGUUCGUCAAGGGAAGGAUAAUCACAGAUCCGGACCUAGGCGAGUUGUCGCCCUCGGAUCGGAAAAAGGCUUGGAUCUCCCUGGUCGAGACGCUUGCCUGGCUACACAGCAUUGACCCUGACGCCAUCGGACUGGGCACGUUUGGCAAGAAGACCGGCUUCUACAAACGGCACUGCAACACGUUCUCCCGCAUCGAAGCCCAACAAUCCAAAGUCAAGGACGCAAAGACAGGCAAGGUCCUCGGCCGAGCACACGAGCAUUUCGACGAGAUCAUCGACUUUGUCAGGCACGAGAUGACUAGCGAGAGGUAUGCCGUCGUGCACGGCGACUUCAAGUUCGACAACGUGAUCCUCCACCCGACCGAACCGCGGGUAAUAGCCAUCCUCGACUGGGAACUCUCCACGAUAGGCAACCCCCUCAUGGACGCCAUCUACAACGUGAACGGGGGUGGCAAAUCCUCGGGUGGUCCCAACGUCGGCAUCUCCAACACCCAUGCGCCGGCGUCCCCAUACGCGCCCGCCAACCGCGCCACCUCCGGCAUGCCCGACCCGGACGAGCUGCUCGACCGGUACACUCGGAUCACGGGGUUCGAUCCGCGGCUCGAGGGCAACCCGCCGGGCAAGGACUUUGAGAUUGCAAAGAUCUUCCACUACAUGCGCGGCGGGACGAUCUCCCACGGGAUCCAGGCAAGGACGUACGCGGGCCAGGCGAGCAGCGAUUUUAGUCAUAUCUAUUUCGAGAAUACACGGAAGAUGCUCGACGCGGCGUGGGGGAUGGUCAGGCGAAUGAAGGGCCAAGAGAGUGAAGAGAAAGCGAGGUUAUGA